ACACUUGAUGCAAUGUUGUGAUUUGACCAAGCCUCUGGUCUCAAUUCGCAAAUAAUCGACGCCGGGACGUGCAUUAGUUUUGUUAUAGGAUGGUGGGUCAGUAUCCUAUAGCUUUCUAGGAAAUAAAACGCUGAAGUACAACCCCGGCCCGCCUCAGCAACCCUGCAUUCAUCCUAAAGGCGAUUAUAAUACUGCACUUCCCUUGUGCAAACGAUGCCUGCGGCAAUGUGAUCGAUCCUUCUAGCGCAGGAGGCGGUCUUUCCCGAAGGGAUCGAGAGGCGAGACCUUCAGCAAAGUCGAACGCACAAACUGCUGGGAUGAAUACGGAAAAUUUCUCUCUAUGUGAAAAGAUAGUCUCCCCUUCAUACAUUCGACAAGGUUUACAGGCCCAUCGCACACAUGAACACUUAAUUCGGCUAUUAAUAGAAAAGGGUAAGUGCCCAGAAGAUGAAUGGGAUGAGAACACUAUUGAGCUUUUUCUACACGAGCUGGCUAUUAUGGAUAGUAAUAACUUCCUUGGUAAUUGUGGAGUUGGAGAGAGGGAAGGUAGAGUGGCCUCAAGCCUGGUUGCUCGAAGACAUUACAGGUUGAUGCAUGGGAUUGGAAGGUCAGGUGAUAUUGCAGCUAUUCAGCCUAAAGCAGCAGGAUCCAGCCUCCUGAAUAAAAUAACAAACUCUCUUGUGUUGGACAUUCUUCGAAUUGCAGGUGUCCGAAGUGUUUCGAGCUGCUUUGUGGUUCCAAUGGCAACAGGGAUGAGCCUGACUCUUUGCUUUCUUGCACUACGCCACCGGAGACCUAAAGCAAAGUUUAUCAUCUGGCCAAGGAUUGAUCAAAAAUCGUGCUUCAAAUCCAUGAUCACAGCAGGUUUUGAACCUGUCGUGAUUGAGAAUUUGCUUGAGGGAGAUGAAUUACGCACAGACCUGCAGAGUGUUGAGAGCAAGAUCCAACAGCUGGGGGCAGAAAAUAUCCUCUGUGUUCAUUCCACUACUUCUUGCUUUGCACCAAGGGCUCCUGACAGACUGGAAGAACUGGCUCAGAUUUGUGCAAAAUAUGAUGUCCCUCACAUAGUCAAUAAUGCUUAUGGAGUACAGUUGUCCAAGUGCAUGCACCUCAUUCAGCAGGAAAUGUUCAGUUAUCUUUCCAGUGAAAUCAAGAAGUUGUCCGAAGCUCAUGGUGAAAGACUUCUGGAGACCCCAAAUAACCCUGUAUCUUUGGCAAUGUCCUUGAAGAGAUUCCAUGAGCGCAGUGACAGGGCUGUCACUCAGCUUGGAUCUAUGCUUUUCACCAGACUGGUAUCUGGAGCCAGAGUUGUUCCAGUCGGCACGAAACAAGAUAUAAAUGGCUACACUUUCCAAGGGUUUAUGUCUCACACUAAUUGCUAUCAGUGCCCUUACUUGAACGCUGCAUCAGCCAUUGGAAUUAAAAAACAAGACGUUGACCUUUUUAUUAAAAAACUGGACAAAUGUCUCAAGAUCCUGCUGAAAGAGAAAGUGAUUUCAGGAGCAGAAAUGGAAACUGGAACGGCAAUGCUGGAAAAGUCUAGUGACGCUGAUAUGGGGCAAUUGUCAGAAUUCGUCCAGAAUAAUCUAAAGAUUGGGGCUGAUAUGGUAAAUCAGCCUGUCUGACACCCAUUGAAUCACCGUCCUUGCUUAAUUCAGAGGUGAACAUUCCGAAGUGCAUGUCUGAAAAAUAAUUCUGAUGUGGGAUUGUGGAACGAUUCUGAUUCAUAUGAGGAGCUAAUGCUUCUGUCAUAUUCCGGCGAGAAUGGUGAAGCUAUAAAUUAACUACGGUGAUCUAUAACUACUUAAUAAUUGGCUGUCAGUUUAAUAUAUAUAUAUAUAUAUUGCAGCUGAAAUUUGGAUUGGGUGUUGGGGGGGCAGGGGGAAGAGGGAAGAAAGGCAAAAUUAAAAAAUGGAUUUGGAAUAUUAUAUAGUAUUUUUGAAUUUGUACUGCCACUGCUGAAAUAUCCUAUAAAUGCUUUCUCCUGUGGAAAACAUAAAUUCUGUUUAACAUUGUGCAGUUUCCUUUGUUUAUUAAAAACUGUUAGAAUAUGUGUAUAUAAAACUGGUGCGUACGAAAAACAUUCAA